UUGUAGCAGUAUCUGUGUUAGCAGAGAUGCUGGAGAGACCGAGACACUAGGCCUACAAUGCACGCGGCGCUGUCACAAAUAGACCUGGCACGUAUUUUUAGUGCAGCAGAGCGGAGGGCCGCUUCUUGGACGCUUCUGGAAGGCACUGCGUCGCAACUGGUGGAAUCACAAGCAUUGUCUUGAAUGACCGUGAUUGCUCAGUUCACUCGAUCUCUCUCUGGGGGAUAGAACAACCUAUCUGUUGGUGUAUGUGUUUGACAACAAGGGGAGAGUUAGGGUAAUGUCACACUGAAGACUCAGCGGCACACGAUUCAGAGGACGACAGAGGCCACAAGGAAGAAUUACGGUUAGCAGUGCAGUGUGAGAAUAGAUGCUGCUUCUUUUUCUACGGUUUCCCAUGAAGGGCCAACUGUUUGUGACCAGUGUAGGCGCCACUGUUUCUCAGGAGCCCGUAGCAGGGGGAAUAAUAAUAAUCCUGCCAGCUUUACACCAUGGUUGUCCCAGAGUCACAAGAUGUGCAACUGCCACCAAGUGGCUCUGUGGGCAGAGGCACCAGCCAACAGUACGGAUCCAACCUGUCUUCAUCUCAACACUCUGGAAGUCCCCAACAUUUUAGCUCUAAUGGGAAUAUUUCACCAGUCAACACUGGUCUCCAUUAUGAGCCACAGGAUUACACCGAGACGGACUAUCUGCUCCCGACUCAACUCUAUGGUAGCUCAAGGUUUAGUGGAUCUGUGAGAGCAAAGGAUGCAGGUGGCUCUGGUGCACCUGCUGAGUCAGUCUGUUCCAUGGUGCUUCAGAUCCUGGUACCAUUUCUUCUGGCCGGGCUCGGGACUGUGUCUGCUGGGGUGCUGCUUGAAGUGGUUCAGAACUGGGACGUGUUCCAGGAAGUACCAGAGAUCUUCAUCCUGGUGACUGCAAUAUUAGGCAUGAAGGGAAACCUGGAAAUGACUCUGGCCUCGAGACUCUCGACUGCUGUGAAUGCAGGAAAAAUGGAACAUGCCAGAGAAAAGUGGAUGUUGAUCGUUGGGAACCUGGCGCUUAAGCAGCUACAAGCCACAGUGCUUGGCCUGUUAGCCUCUUUGAUGGCGACUGUGUUGGGCUGGAUGGCAGAAGGAAAGAUGCCCUUACACCAUGUGAUGCUCCUGGUUUCAACCAGUGUUUCUACCGCCUUCGUGGCUUCUUUGCUGCAAGGUAUUAUUAUGGUGGGAGUGAUCAUUGGAGCCAAGCGGAUGGGAUUCAACCCUGACAACGUGGCCACGCCCAUGGCUGCCAGCUUUGGGGAUCUCAUCACUCUUGCUUUGCUGGCCUGCUUCAGUCGUUGGUUCUACUCCCUUAUAGAUCUGUAUCCCCAUGUGUUGUACCUGGUUGUUCUGUUAUUGUUGUGCCUGAUUCCUCUUUGGGUGGUCAUCUCGUCCAAACAUCCUGCCAGUUGCAUCCUGCUCCGCACAGGCUGGGAACCAAUCAUUACAGCCAUGUUCAUCAGCAGUAUUGGAGGACUUAUUCUGGACAAGACUGUGUCAGAUCCAAACCUGGCAGGAAUCAUAGUUUAUGCUCCAGUCAUAAAUGGUAUUGGAGGAAACCUCGUCUCCAUACAGUCCAGUCGUGUUUCUACUGAAUUGCAUUUGAAUUACUCACCUGGAGAGGUUCCUGAAGACCGUAAGGGCUGCUUCAGUCCUUGUCGCACUUUCUUUGGUUCAGGAGCAAACCAUCGAUCUGCUCAGAUUCUGCUUCUUUUGGUGAUCCCUGGUCAGCUCGUCUUCUUACUCACUAUUCACCUGAUGAAAGGAGGCAACACUUUGCCCAGUCCUCUCUUGACCGUCGCCUUCUUGUCUGCUUCCCUGAUUCAGGUCUUGUCCUUGCUGUGUUUAGCCGACUGUAUGGUCCACUGUCUAUGGCGGAGGGGUAAAGACCCCGACAGUUACUCAAUACCCUACCUUACAGCCCUCGGAGACCUACUAGGUACUGCUCUCCUCUCUCUUGCCUUUGUCAUGCUGUGGUACAUUGGUGACUCAGGCGGUGUAUAGGUUCAAAGCAAGAAAAGGUUUGAAGAAGAACAAAGGUGCCUACAUCUUAGCUAGCUAUACAGUUUCCUGCCUUACUGAAUGUUUACCGAAGCUGUUUCUGUUUCCUAGCAACUUUCCAAAGACAUGGAUGCACACAACAACAACAGACAACAGAGCUUAAAAGGCUCAUACAGUUCCAGUACAUUUUUUAAUGAUAGCACACUUCUUGUUUUUAGGACCAAGGUUUUGUCACUUUUUACUCAUUACACCUAUCAUUUUUAUAACUUUUUGGACACUGAAUAAAAGGAAAUGAAAGUAGGUCUAUAUUCCCCUAAUUUACAAUGUAUUUCGGUUAAUAUUAUAAAUGUUAUGUAUCUCAGUUUAAUUUAUAGUGGGUAUACAGAAAAUCUUAUUGUGCAUGUGGUGUACGGCAUAUAACAUAGCACACAACUGGGCAUAGCAAAUGUCGAUUAGAUCACUUCUUGUUUUCUAUCGACAAAAUUAGGACCAAAAGUCUAAACUGACUGUAUUAUUGUAAUUAGUAGAACAGGAAAUGUAAAAUGCCUACUUGAUCUUCUGAAUUUGUAGGCUAUUUUAUAAAUUUUUUGUACAUGAAAUAUGUUGUUUCCCGAAGAGAAGGGAUUUUUUUAAGAACACACAGAAAGCGGAAGGUGAGUGACAGACAGUUAUACUGGAAAUGUACUCCCGUCGAUCCAGACUUCCGACAGGGUGAUGCAGGGCCCCAACGUGAAGCGUGGCAACACUCUUUUAUACUUAGCAAAGGUCUGUUAUACAGAAAUAGCAGACCGCAGAAUGCCAUGAUUGACCAA